CGGCACUGCAGCCCAGCACGCUCCUUCUUCCACAGGUGCCAGCACCCGCCCCAGCCCACACGAGCUCUCUGUGUCGGUGAGACCACCUUGAAGAGACCCAAGAUGUUGGUGCUACUGGCCGGUAUCUUUGUGGUCCACAUCGCCACUGUCAUCAUGCUCUUUGUCUCCACCAUUGCCAACGUUUGGAUGGUGGGUUCUUCCAACUAUGCAAGGAUCUCAACAGGACUCUGGCUGCUGUGCAACAGGACCUGCACUGAGCUGCCAGUUAGCAGUGAAGAUGAGGCUUCCCUCAAAGCCGUGCAAGCCUUUAUGAUCCUCUCGAUCAUUUUCUCUGUUGUGGCGCUCGUCCUGUUCAUUAUCCAGCUGUUCACCCUGGAAAAAGGCAAACGUUUCUACAUGACCGGAGCUGUCAUGCUGGUUUGCUGGAUGUGCAUUCUGAUUGCAGUCUCCAUUUACACAGCUCGGUUCACAAGCACAGUGGUGUUCGCCAGAAAUCCUCACCAUGGCUACUGCUUCAUAUUGGCCUGGAUCUGCUUCUGCUUCAGUUUCAUCAUCGGCAUCCUCUACCUUGUUCUUAGGAAAAAAUAAGGCUGAUGGGUGUCCAGGGGAGAGGGUUGGCUACUGGGAGUGGGGAAGAAUUACUCUGCUGAAAGAACUGUUGGGCCAAUAGACAAAAACAGCCACCAUCAUCACCAUUGCCACUGCAGAAAAAUCACUAACAAAGCUAGAAUCCUCAGAAACUCCUUCACCAAAGAGAGGGAGAAACAACUCCUACUGAUCUAGCACUUCUGGGGCUAGAAAUAUGCAAGUGACCCAGACAGCUCUUCUCCUUUUCUGCAAAGUUGUGCCAUACCUUCACAAAGCUUCAAGCUCAGCAGUGAUGAUUAAAGGGCACCACAUAAACAAGGGCUAUAUCUUUUUCUCUUCCUAGAGCCCUUCUCACUUACAUUUGAGUGUGCCUUGUGGGUUGGGCAAGUGAGGAUUAUGACCCCUUUAUUUGUCCAUUGAUACAAAUGGGAUGGGCCUUUUGUUACAUUUUUUAAUAUAUAUAAAUAUAUAUAUAUGCACAUAAGUGAACGCUAAAGAUGUUAAAUUGAGAA